CAGUAGAGGCCAGCACCAAACAGACGAAACACAUACAUGUAAUCUGACGGCCUCCAGACGUCCUGUAGCAGAUUAGGUCUUCGGUUAGGAUGCAUUACACUGCAAAAUAAAAGGGAAGGCAGUAUUUUGAAUAUACAGUCAGUAAUACCAUAAAAGGACAGUUUUUUUUAAAAAAAAAUUUAAGCAAACGAAAGUGGAAUUUGUCAUUUUGUUUCAAGACACGCAAGGUUUUGUUUUUUCUGUUGAGAUGUAGCUGAUGCUAUGGAAUAUGAUGAGAGACUCGCUCGGUUCCGGCAAGGCCACCUCAACCCCUUCAACAAGGCAGAGGACGAGCCUCGGGGAGAUAAGGAUCUGCUGCACAAUGAGAUGAAGCCGGAUUCGUUCAAGUCAGAGCCGCGCUUCCACCCCACUGACCGAGUCAUGGACCUGGGACUGGCAGAAGAUCACUUCUCUCGCCCUGUGGGCUCGUUCAUCGCCUCGGAUAUCGAGCAUCUGAAGCAGGCCAUCGAGGACUGCAAGCGCCUCAUCCUGGAGCUGCCGGAGCACUCUGAGAAGCAGAAGGACACGGUGGUCAAACUAAUUCACCUCCGCCUCAAACUGCAGGAACUCAAGGACCCUGAUGAAGACGAGCCCAAUAUGCGAGUCCUGCUGGAGCACCGAUUCUACAAGGAGAAGAGUAAAAGUGUCAAGCAGACCUGUGACAAGUGCAGCACCAUCAUCUGGGGGCUCAUCCAGACCUGGUAUACCUGCACAGGUUGUUCCUAUCGGUGCCACAGCAAAUGUCUGAACACCAUCACCAAACCCUGCGUCAGGUCAAAGGUCAGCCACCAGUCAGAGUACGAGCUGAACAUCUGCCCCGAAAGUGGACUGGACAGCCAGGAUUACAGGUGUGCAGAGUGCCGGGCACCUGUCUCGCUGCGGGGCAUUCCGAACGAAGCGAGACAGUGCGAUUACACCGGUCAAUAUUACUGUAGCAACUGCCACUGGAACGACAUGGCUGUCAUCCCUGCUCGAGUCAUUCACAACUGGGAGUUUGAGUCCAGAAAAGUGUGUCGCUCUUCAAUGAGGUACCUCAGCUUGAUGAUGUCACGGCCUGUCUUGAAGCUCAAAGAGAUCAACCCAUUGCUCUUUAACUUUGUGGAAGAGCUGGUGGAAAUUCGGAAACUGCGUCAGGACGUCCUGCUGAUGAAGCCGUACUUUAUCACAUGUAAAGAAGCCAUGGAGGCCAGGCUGCUGCUACAGUUACAGGAGCGCCAGCACUUUGUGGAAAAUGAUGAAAUGUACUCCCUGCAGGACCUGAUCGAUAUCUCCAGCGGACGCCUGAGCUCCUCUUUAACUGAAAUCCACACCACCUUCGCCAAGCACAUCAAACUGGACUGCGAGAGAUGCCAGGCGAAAGGUUUUGUGUGUGAAUUGUGUAAAGAAGGAGAUGUCCUCUUCCCCUUUGACAGUCACACCUCUGUGUGUCACGACUGCUCCGCUGUUUUCCACAGGGACUGUUACUAUGACAAUUCCACCACCUGCCCGAAAUGUGCAAGGAUGUCCGAGCGAAAGCAGCCUGUGGUGCCUCUGGUCAGCCGGGAGUGAUGAAACGAGAGGAAGCCCUGCCUAUCGAAUACUGGUGCCCAGAUUGUUACUGGAAUAGGAAGUUUUUAAAAUAGAGCUUGGAGUUUCCCAGUGCUGGACUAGUAACAGCCCGGUGCUCCACAACAAAGAAGCCUUGUUUCUAUACAGAUUUUAAAUGGACUGCAAUACACGCUGUAAACAUGGAGCUCACUCUUAAAUGCCAGGUCACUGCUGCAUUUUCUUUUGUGACACCAGAGCAGCUGGAAUAGGACUGUUAAAGCAGCCUUUGUCAGUAAAACCAGUAAAGAAAAACUUGGUCUCUUGGACCAACUACAGUAUGACCUGAAGCCAAGUUUCAAGAGAUUACAAGAAGCCCAUAAAGUUGUUCAAUUGAGAAGUUCUGGAGUAAGACUGAUGCAUGUAAAAAUGUACACAUUUUUGUUUAGAGUCUCACAGCGAUUGAACGAACAUCCAUACUUUCAAGACUUAUCCAAUAAAUGCAUUCAGUAUUGUAAUACUUGAUAGGUUAUAAAGUCAAUGUUGGAGUGCUCACUGAAUGUGGAGAACAGUUUUAAAACACAAUUCUUGACCGUUGUACUUUUUAAAAUGCAUUAGAUGGUCUCUAGACUGCAUUCCUUUGUAAUGUUGGUAUUAGAAACACUGCAGUUUUGCCUUGCAGCAGCUUAUACAGGAGGACUGAUGAGGGAGGGUUAAUAACUUAGCUGACUUUUGGAGGUAAACGGGGCUAUCUGAUUGUAUUAAUAUGUUGGAAUGCAGUGACCUACUGGUAAAAAUAACCACUGUGUUUGUGUCCUGCAUGUGAUAAUUGUGACAAGUAGGUGUAGUAUUUUUGUCUAGAACAGUUUCAUGAAUAGCAAGCUUUACUUUAUUCAUAAAAGCGACUGGGGGGAAAAAUAUCUAAAUAAAAUGACAUUUUGCAUUAUCAGUAAUGAAAAUGGAUGCAAAUACAGCCUUCAGGAAAGUAGCUCUGUUGACCAAAAAUUAGACAAGCCUGUUUUAGAUUUUGGAGGCAUGUGAAGUGAAUGAAGCCUCCCACGACCCCCCCCCCCCCCCCCCCCACCUCAUACAUCAUACAAAAUGUUAUUAAUCUUUAGGAUUUGUUUAAUAUUUAGAUCUCCUAAAAACUGUCAGUCUAACGCUGCCUUGGCAGUCUCUUUUUCUCUUUUUAGAAUACUACAUUCCAUACAGAUAACUGAAUUAUAGAUAACUAUAAUUCACGUAGAACCCAGGAGUUUAAAUGAAACAAAGGAAUGCCUGUCCAAGUAUCCCCAAAAAAAAAACAAAAAAAAAACAUUAUAGUGUAUUGUACUGGGACAAAUCCCUAUAGCUUUUCUACAAUUUGUUGUAUUAAAUGUGAUGCAUAAUAUGGCUCCAGAAAAUGAAGGUAUAUUCAGGCAUAAACAUGUAUAUACAGCACACAUCAUCACACUCAAUUACAGUUUGCCUAAUCAAUGCCAGUAUCCCUGAUCACACACCAUAUUGACAUAUGAUGGGUAGACAAUGGGGCAGGUGUGAAAUGGGAAGAUUUUGCACUAAAAUUACUCCAAAGGGUCGACAGGCAUUAUCUCAAUACAGGAUUGUGACACUGUGUAUAUAUAUAUAUUAUCUGAAAGUCCAUUCAAUGUUUAGAGUAGUGGUGAGUGGGAGUAGUAAGACAAAUGGACACCAAUUUUAUAUAAUUGUACUCACAUUGUAAAAUAAUUAUAUACAGUACACCAAUAGCGAUUAUAAUCUGUGUGUGAAUUGUAUUUGCUGAAUGGUAAAAUAAGUGUUACGUUGCUACAGAAUAGUAUACUGAUUGAUUGAUUCCCCUCCCGCCCCCCCAUUUUAGGAAGAAGCGUGAACAAAAGGACAAUAGUGAAUAUUCUGUUACACUGAAAUUCAUUAUUUGUUCCAAGUCCGAAGUGUACACAUUUGGAUUUGAUGCACACUACUUAUGUUUACUAUGUAAUUAUUUGUUUUAAAAUAAUUAAAUGCUUGUUGCCUUAUCAUUUACCAGAUUAUAUAGUUAAAUGUAAUGACAUUUUUUUUUUAAUUACACCAUAUAUUUCAGACACUACCAUUUAUAUUGCCUUAUGAAGCAUAGUAGAUUUCACUAUUGUUAAGUACCUCAAGCAAAUAUAAACUGUUAUAUUAUGCCAGUGACACAUUAUUUGGACAUGUAUUAUUCAUGCAUGAAUAAAAUCCUAAUUAUACUGCCAAAA